GGGCUAUUAAUGUUGUUUUCAGGGAGAACUCAUGCUGCCAACGUGAAAAAUGUGAAUGACCUAAAAGCCGCAGUGAAUGUGGAAUGGCAGGAGGAUGGGGCAUCUAAAGGGAAGGAGAUUGACAUUGCUGACCUCUGGGCUCUCAACUCACACCUGUUCGAGCAGCCAGCACCCCCCAAACAGCCUGCCCAGGUUCCGGCUGUCCAGGCUUCCGCACAGAAGAAAUAUGAAGGGAGACUCCGGUCAUCGAGGAUGCCGCCACCUUGUGACACGGCACCUCAAGCCGGUCCGUCUGAGGAACCAGUGUCCAAGAGGUUCACAGCCAACUUCUCGACCGCUGCGUACAGGCAGUCCACUGUUGUGGGUGCCGCUACUGGUGGUGAUCAGUCCCACGACAUGCCCCAAUCAGCCAUUCCUAGACCAUCAGCACUGCCUGCCUAUCCCAAAAGGACUAAAGCGAAGCCCCCUGCCCAACUUCCAAUGAUUGAGGCUGUAUGUGAAAGUGAGGAAUCCAGGUGUGCUCCCUCAAACGCAGCAGUCCGUCGAAUGUCGGUGUCACAGAAUGGUGGUGCUGCCGGAAGCAAACGGUCGUCAAUCAUGCCAAGAGCCUCUGAAAUCCAGAACAAGAAGGUGAAGGCAGCAGAAGUAGGUCGGCCUAACAAACAGUUUUACCAGAUGAUUGAGGACUACAGAGAGACCAUAGAAAAAGUGCCCUUGUCACAAUCUGGUCGCGUGGACAAUCCCAGACUAUGUGUGUGUGUUCGAAAGCGCCCACUAAGUAAAAAAGAACUUGGGAAAAAGGAAAUUGAUGUUGUGACUAUUCCUGGGAAUGGAACGCUGUUAUUUCACGAGCCCAAGCAGAAAGUGGAUCUCACUAAGUAUCUGGAGAACCAGGUCUUUCACUUCGACUACUCCUUUGAUGAAACCACUACCAAUGACACUGUUUACAGGCACACGGCCAAACCACUGGUGCAAACCAUCUUUGAAGGCGGCAUGGCAACUUGUUUUGCUUAUGGUCAGACUGGCAGUGGAAAAACUCAUACAAUGGGAGGUGAUUUUUCUGGAAAGAACCAGAACAGCUCAAAGGGGAUCUAUGCUUUGGCAGCCCAAGAUGUCUUCACUCUCCUGAGGCAGCAUCCAGAUUUAGACCCUUUUGUGUCCUUUUUUGAAAUCUACAAUGGCAAGGUGUAUGACCUCCUGAACAAGAAAACCCAGCUGCGAGUUCUGGAGGAUGAGCGGCAGCAGAUGCAGGUUGUGGGCUUGCAGGAGAUGAGCGUCACUUGUGUGGCAGACGUCAUCAAAAUGAUUGAGAGGGGCAGUGCGUGCCGGACAUCUGGCCAGACGUUCGCAAACGCCAACUCCUCACGCUCCCAUGCGGUGCUGCAGAUUAUCCUGCGCCGUCGGCUGCAACUGCAUGGCAAGUUCUCCCUGGUCGAUCUGGCUGGGAACGAGCGGGGAAUGGACGUCCGAGGCAACGACCGUCAGACCCUCGCAGAGACCGCCGAAAUCAACCGCAGCCUGCUGGCCCUGAAGGAAUGUAUUCGAUCCCUGGGUCACAACAGUGACCACAUCCCAUUCCGAAUGAGCAAGCUGACUCAAGUGCUUCGUGACUCCUUUAUUGGGGAGAACUCCAGGACGUGCAUGAUCGCAAUGAUCUCACCUGGGAUGGGCUCGUGUGAUUAUACCCUGAACACUCUUCGCUAUGCUAACAGAGUGAAGGAGCUGAAUGGGAUAUCUAAAGCUGUACAGGACACAGCCCUCAAGGUAGAGCUGUCGGCAAGCUGCAGCUCCUCCGAUGACUCCAUUGUUCCCCUGUAUGAUGCCAUAUCUCAGGUCGAGGAGAUGGAGGAGAAGUUACGAGAGGAGGUCUUGGCUGGCAAAGAAUUCUAUUUAUCCAUGGUGUCACCAACGUUUGAAGUCUUGGCUCGUCUUCCAGAAAUGGAAGACUUUUUCCAGAGAUCACUGGAUGCUGUCAACACUUUAAAAGAAGCCAUUAAGGCAGAGGAAGAUCUGACUUCUUUUUCAACCUGACACCAUACACUUGCACAAACAAUGUACAUGUUAAAUGAGCAGAGUUUUUAAAUAUUCCCCCUAUAAUUCCAUUAACUUUUAAUGUACAUGUAGUGUCUUAUCAUGACCCACCCUCCCCUCAAUGCCCAUGUGUGAGGUCUGUUUUUGCUGAUCAAAUGUUCCAAGAUUUUGCACAUUUGGGAGCCCAUUAUGCUUCAUAUUUUGUACAUGCCAAGUAGGUUUCCCUCACACUACAUUUGUAUAGGCAAUAACAUUCUUAGCCUGUCUGUUCACUGUACACUGUACACUGUACUUGUGUAUACCGAAAUAUCCAAACUCAGACAUUGAUGGUGGUGGACUUGUCAUUCUAAAGAUCUGGUUAUAAUAUUCGACUGGCAAACACGCUAGUACAAUUGUGUUUUUCUUUGUCUUUCUUUCCUCCCAAGUUGUUUGUUUGUUUUUUCCUGUCAUCCUUACUGCUGUGUAAUAAAAAAACCUUGUCCUUCUCC